GUUUAAAGGAGGUAUUUGGAAAUUGGAACUAAACCCAAGGGUUUGGGGCGCACACCGUUCUAAUCUCUCACUAGGUUCUCUCUGUCUCCAUCUGCUCCGAAGCGACGGCGAUGGAUUUCCAAGUGGUGGUCUUAGCCGGCGGAACAUCCAAGAAACUCGUCCCUCUCGUCUCCAAGGAGGUUCCGAAAGCUCUGCUUCCGGUGGCGAACCGCCCGGUUAUCUCGUACGUUCUGGAGCUCUUAGAACUCAGUAACCUUAAGGAUAUCAUUGUUGCGGUUGAAGGAAAAGAAGCGUAUGAUUGCGUUGAGCACUGGAUUGUAGAAGCUUAUAUCGAUCGAUUACGUAUCCAGGUUGAAAGAGUCCCUGAUGAUGUUGGAACAGCUGGUGCUCUUCGGGCCGUCGCACACCUCCUGACUGCAAAAGACAUUUUGGUUGUCAGUGGUGAUAUUGUCUCUGAUGUUUCUCCUGGUGCAGUAGCUGCUGCUCAUAGACGUCAUGAUGCAGUAGUAACAACAAUGCUUUGCUCUGCUCCUGUAAGUGGACCUUCAGAUUCUGGGUCCUCUGUUACAAAAGACAAAGCCAAGAAACCCGGACAUUACAAUAGAAUUGGGCUGGAUCCCACAAAACAGUUUUUGCUGUACAUCGCAACGGGAGCGGAACUUGAGAAAGAUAUGCGAAUUCAGAAGAAUAUACUUUGUGCGGUUGGUCAGAUGGAAAUUCGAUCUGAUCUCAUGGAUGCUCAUUUAUAUGCAUUCAAAAGGUCUGUUCUGCAAGAAGUUCUAAACCAAAAGGAUAAAUUUCAAAGUUUAAAGCAGGAUGUAUUACCUUACCUUGUUCGUACACAGCUGGCUUCAGAGGUGGUGUUAAAUGGUGUACCACAACCAGAAGAAAAUGGAAAUGAAAAGGCUAGUUACCAAAACAACCAAGAAAUGCUAUCCCAAAUCCUGGCUAAUUCAUCCACUUCAAGUUUCCAUGAGCUCCAUGCAUUGGGUCCUAAAUGCUCACUUCCUGUUCGAAGAACCCAUAAAUGCUGUGUUUAUAUUGCCAGCAACAGCAAGUACUGUAUGCGGUUGAAUUCCAUUCAGGCAUUCAAUGACAUUAAUCGAGAUGUUAUAGGAGAUGCUAGCCAUCUGUCUGGGUAUUCAUUCUCUGCCCACAAUAACAUCAUCCAUCCAUCAGCAGAACUUGGAUCAAAAACAACAGUUGGACCACAUUGUAUGCUGGGGGAAGCUUCAAUUAUGGGCGACAAAUGUAGUGUUAAACGGUCUGUUAUUGGCCGUCACUGCCGGAUAGGUUCUAAUGUUAAGGUUGUAAAUUCAGUUGUUAUGAAUCAUGUUACUAUUGCCGAUGGUUGUACAAUCCAAAAUUCAGUAGUUUGCAGCAAUGUGCAGCUCCAAGAUCGUGUUGUACUGAAAGAUUGUCAAGUUGGUGCAAAUUUUGUUGUUACUACCGGGAGUGAGUGCAAAGGGGAGGCAUUGGCUAAGAAAGAGAAAUGAGUAUGAGGACUCCCUACUUGGGAAGUGAGAGUGGCGACUUCACAAUUUGUCCGUGUUUCAAUAGAUUGGAAUAGGUUUUGUUGCUAUUGAUAUUAAAUGAAAGGCAUACCAAUGGCAACAACUGAGAAGGAUGAUCUUUAGGAGUAGCUUUUAGUCGUGAUGUACCUUUUGAUUUUUUGUCCUCACUGUCAUCUGAUCAAUAUUUUCCUUUUACUCUGUCAACUGAGAGAGUACCAUGUAGACUGGUUAAGUAGUUCAUCUAAAGUGACGACCUAAAUGAGGUCUGUGAAUAAACUCUA